AGAACGCAUUAAAUUUGAAGACCGGAAAAUAGCUUUAGAAUACUUCAGACAAGAUUGUUUUUGUAUCAAGUUCGAUUUACGUUCAGGUUACCAUCACAUUGAUAUUUCUACUAAGUCCCAGACUUAUUUAGGUUUUUCAUGGAAGGACAAGUUUUACUGUUUUACGGUUUUACCAUUUGGACUUAGUACAGCGCCGUAUGUAUUUACUAAAUGCUUGCGCCCUAUUGUUAAAUACUUUAGAGAAAACUGUAUAGACAUUGUUUUGUACUUAGAUGAUGGUUUAGUGUUGUCAAAUACAAAAAAUCAGUGUGAGAAUGUUUCAAAAUUUAUUCAAGAUACGUUGGACAAGGCUGGUUUUCUGGUUAAUAUCGAAAAGUCUGUUUUUCAACCAGUUCAGCAGUUAGAAUGGUUGGGUUUAGUUUGGAAUGCGAUCGACUUUACAUUGUGUAUUCCAGAAAGGCGUAUUGAUGACUUAAAGUCUUCAUUAGAGUGUUUGUUAAAAUUAAUGCCUAAAGUUACGGCGAGACAACUUGCUAAGGUGACAGGUAAAAUUAUUUCGCUCUCUCCCGUCUUCGGGAAUGUUUGUAGAAUUAUGACACGCUAUUGUUAUAUGAAAAUAGUGUCAAGGUCGUCUUGGGAUAGUGUUCUCAAUUCAGAAAAAAUGGAACACGUAUUGAAAGAGUUGAACUUUUGGCUUUUGAAUAUUUUUGUAUCUAACAAAAAGAAACUAUGUAGUGUUUUUGAGAAAGAUAUUGUUGUUUAUUCUGAUGCAAGUAAUGUAGCAGCAGGGUCUUAUACUAUUGAUGUAAAUCAAGAGGUUUUUCAUUUAAUGUGGAAAGAGCAUGAGGCUAAGAAAAGUUCUACGUGGCGUGAAUUAAGAGCCAUUGAACAAACUGUGAAAUGUUUUCAAGACAGAUUUGCAUCAAAGACUAUUAAGUGGUUCACAGAUAAUCAAGCAUGUGUAAAAAUAGUGCAAUGUGGGAGUAUGAAAUUGGAAUUACAAGAGUUAGCCAUGAAUAUUUUCUCUGCUUGUAUUCAGAAAGACAUUUUUUCUGUGGGGAGAUGGAAGGAAGUCCUCUCCAGAAAUGAUAACGAGGAUCAGCGCAUAUCAGCUCUGAAAAACGCAAUCCCAGAGUAUUGUUUAAAAUCAAAAGCGAAAAACACAUGUAAAAAAUACAAAUAUGCUUUUAACGCUUUUUGCAAGUGGUGUUCUUCCUUUAUACCCCAGAUUAGCCCUUUACCAGCUUCAGAGACAAACGUCGCUAUAUACAUUAUUCACUUGUCGACUAAAUUCCAUUCUGUAGCUAAAAUUCAAGAAGCGGUAUAUUCUAUAAGUUGGGCUCAUUCUCUAGGAGACUUUAAAAAUCCAUGCGAUUCCACUCUUGUCAAUUCAGUGAAAGAAGGAGCUAUACGAUCAGUCAGCCAUACCGUAAAGAAAAAAGAACCGAUUUCACCGGAAGUGUUAUCAAAAUUAGUGAAAAAAUUUGGAAAAGAAUCUGAUUCCUUACAAGAUAUACGAUUGUGCUGCAUGUGUUUAAUAGCAUAUGCUGGAUUUUUGCGUUUUUCCGAACUGAUAAAUUUGAAAAGAUCUAACAUAUGUAUUUUUGAUUCUCAUGUUUCGUUGUUUAUAGAAAGAAGCAAGACCGAUGUAUACAAAGAAGGAAGCACUGUGGUUAUUUCAAGAACUCCAAAUGAUACAUGUCUUGUAGCUAUGUUAGAGAGAUAUUUACGGAAAGCAAAUAUUAUGCCUUUUUCUGAGGAAUUUAUUUUCAGGUCCAUACUUUACUGUAAGAAAUCCAAGUCUUACAAACUAAGAAAGGGUAAUAAACCAUUAUCGUAUACUCGAGCAAGAGAAAUAUUGCUCGACGCACUAAAGUCUUUAGGUUUAGAAUCCGGUAAUUUUGGUUUGCAUAGUCUUAGAUCGGGGGGUGCUACAGCUGCUGCUAGCAACGGCAUUACUGAUAGACUGUUUAAGAAACAUGGUAGAUGGAAAUCCGAGAAAGCCAAAGAUGGCUAUGUUCAGGAAAAUUUAUUAGAAAAGUUAUCGGUUUCGAAAAAAUUAGGUAUUUAAUAAGAUAACAUUGUUUUUGCCACUUUUCACAUUAUUGUGUUCUUUCUUUAUUGUCGAAAAUGCAGCAAAAUAAGCGCUUCCUUCACUAAUCAUGUGUUUUGUUAUUAUUGUAAAUAAUUUAUGUUCGGUUGAGUGGAACGAAUAAGAACAUAAAUUAAUUUAUCAUAGGUACUAGAACACAUGUUAUAUGUUUUGGUUUUAUAGAUUUAAACCUGUAGCCAUUGGCUACUAUUUAUAGCAUAUAACCUGUAGAACAGGUAUUCAAGUUAAGCACGAUUUUCACUCAUUCGAAGGCUUUUCUUUGCCGCAUUUGCACAAUCCCCACCCACCCACCCACUUAUUUAGUGACAUUUAAAAAUCAAGGACUGUGCACUAUGUAAAAUGUUUUAUUUCAGAAAGAAGUUUGAAGAAUCUUUAUAUGUAUUUGUACGUGUAAAUAAAUGCAGCAAAAUAAGCGCUUCCUUCACUAAUCAUGUGUUUUGUUAUUAUUGUAAAUAAUUUAUGUUCGGUUGA